AUGGAGUUUAAAGAAAAAGACAAAUCAAUGAUUGCAACACUUUUACUGUUACUUAUAGAAGACGAUUCUACCACAGAUACGGAGGCAAUAAGAAAGUCAAAACGUAGCCUGAAAGAGUUUUUAAUGCAAUAUGUUACAAAGAACGUAGAAAAGCUACAGGGAUAUUCACGAUCCGAGCUGCUUCAAGGACUGGCUAUAAUCUUAGAACAAAAUGACGACGAGUUGAAUGAGAUGCUUCCACUGUAUCCACACCUAAAAGAAAUACUAACACAUGAAGAUCCUGAUGAACAAAUAUUUACGACACAAUGUUUGAGAGAACUGAGUAGAAAUAAAGAGGGAAGUGAGAAAAUUAUCACAGACGAAGAAUUAAAUGACAUGUUAAAAGUUUUAAUGAGCAGAAAUGAUGGAGAUCUCUCAGCAAACGUACAUUCGAUACUUUGGACUGCUGGACGUACAACAGGAAUAUUGCCAUCUAAAACAGAUAUUGUGCUGUCUGAUGAGUUCCCCAAGAAAUUUGAAAUUAAACCAAUGCCGUUAGGUCAAGGAGGUUUUGGUAGCGUCCAUCUUGUUGUUGAUGUUGAUCAACCAGAUGAUGAAAAAUUUGUUGCAAAGAAAGCACACGCAGACCCAAAUAACCAAAAGAAGUGGAUGGAGAGCCUACAAUCAGAGGCUUCAAUUUUAAUUAAACUGAAACACAAAAACAUUGUCAAGUUUCAUGGGUAUCAAAGGAAAGAAAAUGAUAUAAUCUUAUUUCUGGAGUACAUAAAAAUGGGUGCCCUCUCCACGUUCAUCAAACAACACACAAGACUCAAUGAAGGUUUGACCAGACAGUUUACAAUUCAAAUUCUGGAAGGCGUGAAGUACCUACAUGAAAACAACAUCUUGCAUUUGGACAUCAAAGGUACUAAUAUUUUAAUGGUGGAUGAAUCAAACAUUAAACUAACAGACUUUGGCGUGUCGACAAUACUUAACGAGGAUGGUGUUGAAGCAGAAAGGGGCACAACUCGAUAUAUGGCUCCUGAGAUGAUUGACUGCCCUGAUGGUAGAAUAUUUAAACAUUGUUGUAGCUUGGAUAUUUGGUGA